AUGUACCCGAACAGCAAAUACGGCGGCGCAAUAGAACCAACCAUAUCGUAUCACAGCCAGUGGUGGUUGAGGCUGGUAAACACUGUUCUGGAGAAAGACAACUUUUCCACCAACUCCAACAGUGUCAACAUAACGUUCUACACAGACGAUGUGGCCGGCUAUGUUAAUCCUGUGGAAGAGACAUUCUAG